AUGUGGUUCCGUGGAGCUGCGGUUGUGACUUUGUCGUGUUUCCUGUCCGCUCUGCUGUACAGCGCCACAGAAGCCAACUCCUGCUUCCCGCAGUGCAGGGAACGCAGGUGGAGCUCCUGUGUACCCGACACUCUGCUUCCAAGACGCGCUAACGCAGGCGACAUUUGGGGAAGGUCCGAAAAGUCUGGCACGACGUGCAUCCUGUGCAACAAGAGGAGUUCUAGCUCCUGGGUACCGCCUGGCAACACGACCUGUUUUCAGAGAAAAGUGAAUGACUCUGUCGCCAUAGCAGUGAGAGGACAUCCGUUCGGAAGACUUUCUGCCCGAAAGCUUGCGUUUGUUGAGGCUAGGACCACAGCGCUUGCCCUGAUGGACAACAACAUCACCUCGCUGGAACCGCGCGUCCUCGCCAGGCUGUCGUUUCUGCAGUUACUCCACCUGGACUGCAACAGACUCUCUGUCAUCCAGACAGGAUGGUUCUCAGGUCUGGACGAACUGGAAGACCUGACCCUGACGAACAACCGGAUCCGGACCGUCGCGCCCGGGUCGUUCCGCGAACUCCGCCGCCUGAAGACUCUGUACCUGGAGAAGAACCUGCUUCAUACCGUGCGGCCAGGCUGGUUCGCCGGUCUGGCUAACCUGUGGGACCUGCACUUAGGACAGAACCGUCUGGAGAGCAUCUCACUGACAGCGUUCCGGAGUCUCGGUCAGCUUGUGCGGCUGGACCUGCAGGGGAACCUCCUGUCCAGCCUGGACGGACGCGUUCUGUCCGAGCUGGACCGACUGGAGACCGCGAAGAUAGAAGGGGACCGGCUGGCGACGCUGGACGGGUGGGCGGUGCAGACGGUCCGCUGGGGGCUCACCCUGUACCACCCCACCUACCCGCUUACCGAACACUUCCGCACGCAGUACGUGUCUGUUUCCGUACAGGGCUGUCUCAUCUGCUUCCACCGAGAUGAGACAAGACGCGUGUUCCAUCUGGGGUGGAUGGUUGGUGCACCUGACGUGCCCUACUGCGUGGCGGACAGCGCCUGUAGAUGCACGGCGCUGGACAGAGCGCUGACAAAAACCGCGGUUCGUCUCCCAGUGGUUCUAGUCGUUUCUAAACACGGGCGGUGGCGCAAACUCACCACAGAAGGACGAAGUAUCUACAUGAGAGCGUCGGCAACCAACAGUGGUAUCCGUCUGCAGUUGAAGAACGAACUGAGUUUUACGCUCGCCGGGUUGGACGAGGUGGACAACGCCCAGGAGGCUAGCGUCGUCGUCAUCAGCCGCACUGGACAUGGAAACGGUUCGCCACAGCUGCCAACGAUGUACGUGUUGGUCCCAAAUGCGGAAACAACAACCCUCACGGCACCUCACACCGUCUCUACAGAACCGAACGCGUCUUACUCUACUCAUCAUGAUGUGGCGUCAACGUUCAGGGCAUCACCGAACAGUACACAACAAUCUUUCAAGACGUCUCAGACCAGAACACAACAAACCACCACCGCCACAACCAUCAGACAACCAAACGACGACGGAACUGUCUCUCUUGGGGUCCUCAUUGUCAUCGUGCUAGCUCUGAUCGUGACGCCUUCGCUACUUUACCUUAUGGUGAUGAAGUUCAGGAAGGGCGUGAGAUGCAACGCGGAACAACAUCCACGGCACGUACAGAACAGUGCGGCAGACUGCGUGGGGCCCGGAACGUGGCCCGUGUCUGUCCAACAUCACGCCGUUCAGCAGACAGACGACGGCGCGUCGUCAACAGACCAGGCCUCUGCCUCUGGUCAGAUCGAAUACCGCGUGUACUGGGGGAUCUCCAACAGCGGACAACCGACUGUUAGCGUCACACGUCUGUCACACGACAGCCCGCAGGUGACACACGACAACCCUCGGGUGACACACGACAGCCCUUGA